AUGCUCAACCUCUACACCGAGACGGCCUUCUCCUUGAGGCCUGCGACAACCUCAUCUGUUGUCGACUUCUCAGUGCCCAGAGCCGAGGCCUCAUCUGCUCGAUCCAGAAUCUCCAGUGCCCGAACGACCAACGGCAAGAAUUCUAUCAAGGACGAGGACACUUUUACUGCGAACGUCCUAGCCUCACAGAGCUCGAUCUACUGUCGCCAGUGCAAGUCGUACCCCCGAACAUUCUAUUGGCGUGUUCUACACAAUGGGAGAGUUCUGGAGGUUCGGUGCGCAGAUUACGCCCGGAGUGAGAACGACGUGAAAGAAGCAUACUUUACGCUGCGUUUCGACUUCCACAACCAGAUCCUUCCCAGAGGAGUGUGUUUCGCAGAUCUUGACCAGGGUGAUGAACUACAUGUCUUUGUAUGCACGGACAAGAACGAGCUCCUGAAUCUACAACUACCCACUGCGGCUUUCCGUGACCCGACACUGCUGAGAGAUGAAAGCACCGAUCGCUGGUGUCGCCCUGUCGACACUUCGACGCUGGGAAUUGAGACCGUUCAUCAACUGUGGGCCAGUAGCCCUCUGGAGGUCUUCCUGACCUUCACCAGUGGCAAAUUACAGAAAAUAAGCAGGCGCUCUGUGAAUGGUGCGUGGAAGCAGGACAACUACGAUGACAGAUCUUGGGGAGCUUCGCUCCGUGGCAUAGUCAGUCGCCGCGGUCUGCAUACAAUCGAAUAUGGAUCCCACCAGGUCGACGCCCGAACAGCACAGGCAAUGGCCACGUCUCCUGACGGCAAAUUCCUGUUCACAAUCUGCUUGAACCAUACCCUAAGAGCAUGGGAUUUGUACAACGGAAAUGUGGUGGCGACGAAAGAUUUGCUCGGCAUCGAACGAGAUCCAAAUGACAGAACACGCUUGAACCCUGCAGAAGCAGCUCAUAUUCAAGUCUUCAAGCUUCCCAAUGAGAGGCACCCCUUCAUUAUGACUUACACGCCUCAUGAGGGCGGCCAAUUCAAAGUGUGGGAGGUCAAAGGCGGGUCAACAGAUUCCAUUGUUCUUGAGGACAAGUACCCGGGCUUUAGAAUGUGCGCUCCUGAUCCAGAUCCCUCAGGAAAUACGGUCUGGUCAAUGGUAGGAUUCAAGCUUCAUCCACCAAGCGACCUCAAACCGGCCGGACUUUGGGUGUUGUGGAGGAAUCACAACUUUCAUCAAUUGUACAAUUGUCGCUUGGAAUUCGGCGAUCUUGAAUCGUCGUGGGCAUCCAACUGGGUUAUAUGCAAUCCAAAAGCAUCUUCCAAGGCUCUCGCCCCCGAGUUUGUCAAGGCUGACACUGACGAUCCAGCCUCCAAGUGGUUGGAGUUCUUCUUCUAUCCUGAGCGGUAUUCCGAAAGCACGCUGGAAACGGCUCUGGCAAUCUUCACUGAAGCUACGGCUGUGAAGCUGACCUCUUCGCAAAAAGAGGCAUCUUUACGGCAACGAAUGUGCACUGUCAUUGCCGCCGGAGUGUCACUACGCAAAUAUGAAGAGUCGGAGUUUGAUUACGACCGGUUCGCUGCCGAUACAGAUUUCCAUUGGCGAAAUCUGUAUAGGAUUGCGGAAAAUCUCAAUGAGAGUCGCAACGCGCCCUUGGCUUUAGCGCACGAUGCAUUCAGCGACAUGAUCUGGAUCACGAUGGCAGACAAGUGCUGCGCGGUCAGAGAAUGCAGCAAGAUUGAACUUCUACAACAGAACAAACCGGAAGAAAUCCAGGAUCUGGAAACUGUUGCUGCCAGGAUAUGGACACACCGCAAAGUCAGCACUGAGGAUGGAGAAAGAUUCACCGACAUGGCUAAACUUUUGACUGCAUCCAGAAGAUUCAGACAGUCUUUCAGCGCCGAGCUCUCGCGGGACUUUACAGUCGCUAUCGAGGAGGAAUUGUCUGUCGAUGCGGAGUAUGUCACACCGGCUAGGAUUACCAGGAUCUACAAUAGCAUCGCAUUUGGGGAAUCCAUCAGCAGUGAAGCUUACGAGCAGCUUGAACAGGAUCUUUCUGACCUCGGAGAGCUUCAAUCACUGGACAAUGAGCUGUUCUUGGGGAUUCUUGAACUCCUUAGUUCAAGAACCAAGAGACCGAAGAGUUCUCUGCGAAAUACACUAUUCGGAAACCUCUUACUGUCGGCCGGUGUACUCGACACUAUGUCAUCACAACGAGAACUGCUCAUGGAUUUACUAGCACUGACCAUCUUUGCGGACAAUGAGCUUAUUCCAGAAGACGGGGAGCAAAACUUGUUUAAUGCUUCGGAACUGUUCCAACAGUUGCUGCCAUUGCUCAAACUCUGCGAAAGAAACCUUUGGCUGGCGGCACACACGCGCCUCGUCCCUCUAGAGAUCAUGGGGGUUGAUAACCGUCCCAAUGCGUCUCGCCGUUCCUCUACGGCAGGAACCGAAGAGACCAGACUGGUGACAAUCUUCGAGGACACUUUAAGCAAGGCGGUCCGGCCACAGCCGGCCGUUGAGAGACCCUUGAUGUAUGUGAUCACGGAUCAGUUGUCAGAAAUCGAUGACUGGGCAUCCGGACGAGAUACCAUUGCCGUCGAAGAUGGCUCCAUUUACCUCCAAUGUGAUCUGUUGGCACAGCGCCAAUACGAUUUUGCCACAGAUUUCUUGCGGUUCCAGCCCUCCACGCCCUGGUCGAGUUAUGUCAAAGGACGGCUUGCGAUCGCCAAAGGAGAGUACGACAUGGCAACCGGACAUUUUCGAAGGGCUUCGUUUGGUCUGGCUUGCGGUAAAGCUGUCGGGAACCUGGUUGCUCUGUCGGCAGGCUUGCUCUCAAUGGUUGAGGCGGAGUGUUUCAACAAUGGCCUCCCUUCGUAUCUGUAUCAUGUUGCCAGCCUGUUCGAAUGCACUUCGGCAUACACCCAAGCGGCAUACUUUGCUCAUCACACACUCAAAGCGAUGCAACCCGGCCAAAAAGAACCUUCGCCCGGUUUCCGUGCACAGGUUUUGUCCCGAUUAUUCCAGGCAGAACUCAAACUGUCGAGGUUUACCCGUGCAUACGACGCCUUGGCCCAACUUCCCGACGCCGCACUGCAGCGAUCGUGUGUCUCUUCACUCGUGACUGCACUCCUGAACUCGGAUCGCUCCAUACUUGGACCCAGAGACGCAGUGGAGACUCUGAUAUCUCUGCCAUGGGCCAUGCAUCCCCAGCUUGCCCGCCACCUAGACCAGUCCCUAGUCUCGCUGGAAAAGAAAAGCAUUCCCGGCAGUGUGCUAUCCUCGACUUGGCCCGCCGACGAUAGUGCAUCCGACUACUUGAGCGUUAUGUACGCGAUACGACUCGCGCAGAAGGACUACCGCGGUGCAGUUGCUGUGCUGUACGAUCGACUAAGGAUGACUCGGAAGCAUGCGAGAGCUAGACAUGAUCCGCAGGCUACGGCUUUGCGACAUGCCCUUUUGGCAUUGAUUAAUGUCAUGGCCUGUGUCUCUCCUGAAGAGGCGUACAUCCUUGCAGAAGCGGACGAAGGAAAGACCCGUCCAGUUCAAGAAGAACGAAAUGGUGGCGACAGUGGUCAAGGCACCUCAGGCAAGAGACGCCGCAUCAUCAUCACUUUGGAGGACUUGCGCAAGGAAUACCAGCAGCUGCUCGAUAGAUGCAGCAGGAUUGAACGUGGGGACUUUGAUUUUGAGCUGGAUGAGGAGAGUGAGGACGAAGGCGAGUUGCCGGCCAACCAGUCCAGGUUGAACCUGUCUUCCCAUGCAGGGGACGCAAUGGAGUUGUGA